AUGUGGGUGCACGUUAAAGUAGACAGAAUUAAUCGUGUAACAUACUGGAGUAUAUGUAACUUUGUGGGGUAUGGAUCCAGGUCAGAAGCGUCUGUUGAAACUGGCACGAACAGAUCCUUCUCACUGCCGCCUGGAUCUGACCUGUAUACGCUGUACGACUUCCAAGUACAGCUCCUGUACAGCGGACGAAAUGUGACCUCGACGUCUGAACUCUUCCACGUCAACCCGAUGGAUGUAGUCAUCCCCAAAGCAGUCAGGGGUGUUGUUGUCAGAAAUACGACAGCGCGGACUCUACAGUUGUCUUGGCAACCACCUGAUGAUGCACUUACGUAUACGUUUCGAGUCACGUGUUUGGUUGAGUGGGACAACGAUGAACAGAUACACAGCAUUCAAACGGACCUUACCCAGACAAACUUGUCGAGCCUGAGUCCAUCAACUAAUUAUACCAUCAACGUGCAGUGUCGAGAACGUCAUCGCCAGGAUGGUUACUGGAGUUAUGGAUCCGUCAUGACUGUAAAGACGCUGGACGCCGUUCCAGGAAGAGCACCACGUGUAUCACCUGCCGUGUCUGGAGCUGUUGAUGGGAGGGUUGUACUCUACUGGCAGCUUCUGUCGCCCAAGGAGGAGAACGGGGAGAUGCAAGGCUACAGCGUCCAGUGUGAAGAUGAGGGGGAGAGACGUGUUGGUCCCGGGAGGUUCUCAGCGACGAUGGACAUUCCCACUGACCGGCGUGGACUGUGGUGUGACGUGUCCGCGGUCAACAACGUCGGGAUGUCGCCCUCGUCGUCCCUGUAUAUACCAUCACGGAGGUCAGAGCUGACCCUGCGGGACUUCUGGGUGGCGGGUGGAGAGGGUGACACCAACAUCACCUUCCUCUGGGACUCGGGGGGUCGGGAACAGCACAACUGUACAGCGUAUUGGUGUCAGACAGCAGACCUGACGAACUUGUGUCAGGCCUCGGUUCAGUGGGAGACCGUGUCUUGUGACCAACGGAAUCUGACCUUCGAUACCGGUCACGUGAUAGCUAACCAGCGCCUCAUGGUGGGCUUCUCAGCGCAGUUGUCUGCCCCUGGAGGUCCAGUCUGGACCUCCAUCAAGUGGGAUCAUUGUGUCUAUGCACAACACAAAGUCCCUCCAGCCCCCGAUGGGUUCCGACUUUCCACGAGUCAGCCCCCUCUGAGUGUGCACGUGGAGUGGAGACCCUCUGACUGUCGACAGAACCUCGCCCACAUCACCAGUUACCUCCUGUCAUACUGCCCGCUGUCAGGGACUGCUGACCGCUGUUCAGGACUGUUCAGGACUGUGCAGGACUGUUCAGGUGAGCUUUGUGUGACCUUCAGGACUGUUCAGGUGAGCUUUGUUAGUGAGGACAGGACUCAGGACUGUGCAGGACUGUUCAGGACUGUUCAGGACUGUUCAGGACUGUUCAGGUUAGCUUUAUGUGACCUUCAGGACUGUUCAGGUGAGCUUUAUGUGACCUUCAGGACUGUUCAGGACUGUUCAGGCUCCAGAGGGAGCAGAGUGGUGGACAGUGAUGCCGUCAGUUACCUCAUCCGCAACCUUGAGCCAGGAGCCCACUACAAGGUCAAAAUCCGGGCGGUGUCCCAGGACCUCAAAGGUCCUUGGAGUGCUCCUGUCAAAGGACGAGUCGAGGAGGGUAACACUUUUCUGUAA